UGAGUGUACAAUAAAUCUGUCUCUGUAUCCACUGUCUCGCAUAUCACCCUUUCCCUCAAUAAUUCUUCGUAGUAUGGCUUCAGGUCCUCGGUGGAAGCAGGCCAUCGAAAAUGCCCUUGCGGCGAAUGAGAAUUCAACUGCAGUCACUCAGCUAGCAUCCAUCGACCCUACGUCCCCAAUACCCUACGUCCGUUGCCUGAUUUUCCGAGGUUUCAUCAUUCCCACCACGAACCCAGAACUCCCUAUGUUGCUCUUCACAACCGACAGUCGCACGCCCAAGACCUCACAGAUAAUCUCGAAUCCUCACGUCCAGCUCGCGUGGUGGAUUGAGGGCACCAAAGAGCAGUACCGCGUCGCAGGUCUGGCGACUAUUAUCCCUGCCCCAACGAAUGACUUGUACAAGCACUUCUUACACUCUACGCACGCUAACGGCACCAUGGCGAUGCUCUACAAGGAGAGCUUUGACUGGGAAGCGAAGCGACAGGAAGUCUACCGAAGCAUGAGCCCGUACAUGAAGGCAUCGUGGUGCCGACCUACUCCUGGUACCCCUCUUGUAGGCGGGGAAGAAGAGGCGAAGAAAUGGCCUGUCAAGCUGGAGGAGCCCAACGCCGAUGGAGAAUGGAGCAGCGAGGAGAACAAGCAUCUUUGGGAGACAGCGUUGAGCCAUUUCGCCUUGUUGGUUGUCGACCCAACGGACGUCGACUAUGUUGAGCUGGGCCCUGUGCCAAAUCGGAGAACGAAGUUUUGGAAGGACGAUAAAGAUUCUUGGAACGAUGAAGCUCUUGUACCAUGAUUAUAUGUAUUCCAUCUUUUUUUUCGUUAUCCCUUUAGACAUCCCUGAUAACUUGUACCUUUGCAGAGUGAUGAUUGUAUAGGCGAUACCGUCAACACGUUGAAACAUAGAUGCCAUUGGUUGCCAUGAUCAACUUAACAGCAUA